AGAGCGAGUUCUUCUCGCUAGCCAUGGUUAUUAUUUGAGGUGGAUGCUUGCAUUCAACGUGCAGAGGGAGAGAGAUGGAGCAUCAAGAAGGAAGGCAGCAAGGAGGAGUACCGGCCAUUGCAGAUGGAGGAGGGUUCACUCAGGAUGGGAGCGUCGACCUCAAAGGCAGGCCCGUUCUCAGGUCUCAACGGGGAGGAUGGAGGGCUUGCUCCUUCAUCGUCGGGUAUGAGGUGUUCGAAAGGUGGGCAUACCAUGGGAUUUCCUCCAACCUGAUACUGUACCUGACCACCCAGCUUCACCAGGGCACCGUUACUGCUUCCAACAAUGUCACCACCUGGGUCGGGACCGUCUGGAUGACCCCGAUUCUUGGGGCUUACGUUGCUGAUGCUUUCCUCGGUCGCUACUGGACCUUCGCCAUCGCUUCCAUCAUCUACCUCUCUGGGAUGAGCCUACUGACAUUGGCCGUUUCAAUCUCGCCGCUAAAGCCACCCUCUUGCCAUGACCAUGCGAGCAACUGCAAGCAUGCUACUCCCUUACAGGUUGGAGUCUUCUUCCUCGCACUGUACAUCGUCGCCUUGGGCACGGGUGGGACGAAGCCCAACAUCUCGACCAUGGGCGCGGACCAGUUCGACGACUUCGAGCCGAGGGAGCGGAAGCAGAAACUCUCCUUCUUCAAUUGGUGGAUGUUCAGCAUUUUCUUUGGAACUCUCUUUGCAAACACGUUCCUUAUUUACAUCCAAGACAAUGUUGGUUGGAGCUUGGGAUAUGGACUCCCCACAGUUGGGCUAGCUCUGUCCAUUCUUGUGUUUUUGAUAGGGACUCCAUUUUACAGACAUAAAAGACCUGCAGGUAGUCCCUUUGCCAAGAUGGCCAUGGUCUUAGUUGCUGCCGCUAGAAAAUGGAAGGAACCUCUGCCAAGAGAUCCAAAGGAGCUUCAUGAGCUUGAUGAUGGGGAGUAUGCUCGUAGAGGGAAGUUCACAAUGGAGUCAACCUCUAGCCUUGGGUUUCUUAACAAAGCAGCGGUGAGAAAUGGGCCAACCACAAGGUGGAGACUCUGCCCAGUGACCCAAGUAGAGGAAACCAAGCAAAUGCUAAAGAUGAUUCCCAUUUUCUUUGCCUCCUUCUUCCCAAGCACUGUCAUUGCCCAAAGCCACACCCUCUUCAUCAAGCAGGGGAUCACCCUGGACAGGAGCAUGGGGCCGCACUUCAAGAUCCCGCCUGCGAGCUUGACCGCCUUCGUCACCCUAUCGAUGCUGAUCAGCCUGAUUGUGUAUGAUCGGUGGCUCGUCCCCAAGGUGAGGAAGUACACCAAGAACCCCAGGGGAAUCACACUGCUCCAGAGGAUGGGGAUAGGCCUGGUUAUGCAGACCAUAAUCCUGGUAAUUGCCUGUUCGGUAGAAAGGAUCAGGCUGAGUUAUGUCAAGCACUAUGGUCUCCAAAGCAGCAAAGAAGCCAUUCCUCUCACAAUCUUCAUCCUCCUCCCUCAGUUUGCUCUCAUGGGCCUGGCAGAUGCCUUUGUGGAAGUUGCCAAGAUUGAGUUCUUCUAUGACCAAGCUCCUGAGACCAUGAAGAGUCUUGGAGCUUCUUACUUUACCAGCAGCAUUGGAGUUGGGAACUUCUUCAGCAGCUUUCUCUUGAGGGCAGUGUCAGAAGUGACUGAGAACAAUGGCCAUGGUGGGUGGGUCAGGAACAACCUUAAUGUGUCUCGCCUUGAUUACUAUUAUGGGUUGCUGGUUGUGCUGAGUGUGGUGAACUUCAUUUACUUUCUCAUUGUCUCAAAGCACUAUGUGUAUAGGGUUGAGGCAGUCGGGAUUGAUGUGGCCUUGGAUAAGUCCUCCGAGAUGAAGAUCAUUAAGGCUUCUGCUUUGGAGGGUGCAGUAGGUGAUGUAGAACAAUGAGAGAAUUGAUGAAGGGAAAUGAUCAUGUAACCAUUAGGUAGGAGAGGAAAUAUAUUAAAAAAUAUACUACUGCUUUUCAA